AUACAGCAAACAAAGCCAUGUGAAGACACGAAAACUUUCCUGAGAGACAGGUAUUAUUUGGCAUGACACCUUUGACUAGCUCUGAUUUCAAUUCAAAGCCUGUGUUUUCAAAAGCGAUUCCGAUCGCGUGCUCCCUAGCAAUCCUCCCAUUAAGUACGUCCCCAGAUCGUUCAAAAAGAGGUGAUGUUUCAAGUUUCUCUGACAAUGGGAAUGAAAUAUUUAUGGAGGGGCAUUCGCAAGAAAGAGAGAUAUCCUUGUCGUUUUCUACGCACUCUUCGGAUGAAUAGGAAUGUCGAUGCGCUACUGAAGGUUUUGAUUCUGUAACUCCACUACGCGCUGCAGCAGCAAAAGCAGAAACGUUCAGCAUGGUUCGUUGUCUAAAAGAUAGUUCUAAGGGAAGGAGUGCCACUUUGCAAACAAUGCUAUCGUCCUUCCCGUUCUUUUUCGUGCUUUUCCACUGGACGCUUAAACAUGGUGCUUGCGAGACCAAGGCAUUCCCCUCUCCGUAUGCAUCACACUCAGCCCAACACAGUAUAUUUCCAAUCUCAACAGUACAUCCAAGACCUGGCAGGCUAUUUUCCCCAGUUGAAUAUCCAAAGUCAUUGUCUGAGUGAACGAGAUGGGCAUCUUCGAUUUGAAUAUGCGUUGCGUCUAAAAGUAUUUCGUGCGUUUGGUGCGUAGAUGAAAACGAAAUACUCAGGUCAUUCAUAGUAGCAAGAAUGUAUUCGUCUCCAUGUGAAAAAUGUUGUCUCUUGUCUUGGGGCAGGAAAUUGAUCUUAAGAGAGGCACCAAGAAGAUUUAUUCUAAGUUUUGUAUGAAUAUAAUCUGGAUCCUCACUGUCUCGAUCGAUGUCUGUACUUUUUGUUAAGACAGACACUGUGUUGUAAAGGCUUUGAUCGUUAGCAUCAAAAAAUACGUCGAAAGUCAUAUCGUCGUCCACUUCUUGCAUACAUUUUCCUUCGUCAAAAUAUGCAUUACUUGGAACUAGUAUGCCUCCCUUCAUCUUAUUUUGUUCUACCAUGUGAUAAGCUUCGCGAUAUUGUCUCAUGAUACCAGUCAAUGCCUUCAAAUCCUCUCGAUCAAUAUCAGUAACUUCUUCGUGCGAGCUGUAAACAGCGGAGCUAUGGUGGACGGUCUGAGCUUCGUCUAGCUCCGUGAUGACCUCACUUAUAUCGUUUAAACCAAGAGCGAUGUGCGGGUUGUUCAUCAUAGAGCUCUGGCGAAAGAUCGAGACUUCAUCCGACUCCACAUUUGCUUCAGUGAUGUCCUUAAAACCAAGACUCACUUCUUGAAUUCUCGAUAAAGAAUUAAUGUCUAAGGAAAAAUUCAAUUGAUGAUUCAGUCUAAUUUCGAUAUCUCUCUGAAGGUGACUAUCUUUGUUUUCCCUGCGAGUCUUCUGAUGAUGAGAAGGUUGACUGUCGAUGACACGAAGGAAUAUCCGCCCGCUUCCUUCGGCCAAUCCUAUAAUCGAUUGAGUGGGUAUGGUAUCCAAAGAUGAUUGCAACGUAGAACCAUCAGUCCCUUUUUGCAUUUCGCCUGUUUCCACUUGUAUCGUAGAGAACUCUAUCGAUUUAUUCAAUACAGUCAUCUGAUUUGAUGGGUUUACAUCUAGAUCAUUGUACGAGAAAGAUGAGACUUUGACACCUACCCAGAGCUCCUUAGAUUCACUCUUGCGCUGAUGAAAAAACUUGACGUGGAUAUUUGUCAGUUUUAGAUUCAAUUGUAGGGUGGCAAGUGCGGCUUCAAUGUAGGACCCUAUAAUACUUUUUGAUGUGGGCUCUACAUCACAGGUCGUGGUGUCUGACGAUGCUGUUGGGGUACUACCAUAUGAAUUUUCAUAAGUUGACUUCUCGGGCUUUCUUUUCCUAAGAUCAAUAGUGUCUAAAUCCAGAUAUAUUCCAUCGAUCUUGCUGUCAGCUACGAGAGACACCGCUGGGAAGGAUUCAGUGAAUGAACCCAAUUUCAUGGCCCUCCAUGCCAAACUAGACUGCUCUUUUGUAGGAUUGCUCUGUUCGUGAUUCUCUCGUAGUGUGAGGUUGAUCUCCAGCCUAUCGACACUGCCUUUGCGAACAAACAGUCCAGGAAACUUUCCAGACAAGAGUUCGGUUAAGUAAGCAGCAUCGAGUUUGAUGUUCGUCAGAACAAAUUUUCCCUCUUGAAGUGAAAAAUCAAUCGAAUCGUGCAGUUUUUGUGCUGAGGAGGCAUCGAGGAGUGGACCUAGAGCCCGCCGCAAUAGAAACGAAUAAAGGCUUUGUUUCCAAUCAAUCAUCUUCGGUCCCUCGCGUUACAACAGAUCGGUCGCGCACCAGGAAAUUCAGAAAUUAGGUAUUGAGAAUGAUGUCACCAAUUCAUACCAAGGAGCAUAAUUCUUGGUGCCGUCCUUCUCUGUAUGUAGUUAAUGACGUUGUAUGUGAUCCUCUAAAGGGUCUGGUUCAGCAGACUGUCGUGGAUAGAAGCUCGAUGCUGUGUUUUCAAGAUACGUAGGUGAAUGGAGGAACACCAAAUAUCCAUACCGGUACGUUGUCGACGAGUUGCCGAGAAUAGAACAAAAUCACUUCGUGUCAUCAGAAUCUGUCGUUACAACGUUAGUUCGUCUUAUUCCUUUAUCACGACUGCUUCAACCCAAAAAAGAAUUAUUCCUUUUUUCUUCGGGACUCAUUGCAUGUAAUCCUGGACCGUGUUCGAUUUGAAAUUUCUGCGAGGCCCCGCAAUUCUUCUCCGUUCCCCAAAUAGUACUGUAAUGGGAAUAAACAAGCUGAGCAGUGAACAGCAUGAAGCAGGAGCUAAUACUAGUAGUAGUGCUACUAGUAAUUGGGUUGCUAACGAAAAUAGUUACUACAGUGCAAAAACUUAGUUGGUGUGGGUGCAGAAGGUACUAAAAAGUAACAGCCUGAAAGGAGUUUCGAAGCUUACUAGUAGUACUAGUAGUAGUACUAGUAGUACUAGUACUACUACUACUAGUAUCAAUGAGAGCACUGCUGUGGCUGCUGUAUAGCUGUUAUUUCUGAGAUAGCAGAAAUGGAAUUCAUUGAUUUGAUAUCUAUGUUAAACAUUGUUGGCAGAGUUUUUUUGUAAGGAGAAGAGGUGUUCUUACCAACAGACCACUGGAACAAGCACAACAUAAAUCCAGUUGCUUGUGUAAUAUGACCAAGUUGAAACCAACACAUUUUUCAAAGAUCUUGUUCACUUCUUACAUUGGUAAUUUUGGGAAUUGAAUUACAUAUAUUCCCUUGUGACUUGUUUGAGUUUGAUGGGUAAUUUUUUAUUCAUAUUCUUGGGGACUUCAAAAUUUAGCUGUUGCUGUAGUAGUAUUUUGAGAAGAAGUCAAAGUGAUAACUUUUUUUGAGUCUCCUUCUUGUUUGAGGGCCACCUCCCUUCAUUCAACUUUCUCAGUAUAUAGACAUCAAAUAUAAAAUCCAUCAAUGUUGAUCAUUUCACAAUCCUGGUAGCCAUUUUUCAAUUUGACAGACUUGAAUGUACAACAAAUGACUGCAUGAUUUGCUUUUGACUUUUCACCGUCUAUGUUGUCAUUAAUCAUGACAGGUCUGUCAACAUAAAAUUUGAGCAAUGGAUCUAUCCUUUUGGAAGAUUUGGUUCCACCUGCUGCAACUACUAUGUCAGCAUCUGAUGCCACAGUUAGUAAGCAAUACUUCUGAAAAGUCUGACAUGAUGUUGUAUUUUCUUGUUUUGUGUAUCUGCAGUUUUAGGUUUGAGGCCUUAAUUACAAUGGUGUGAUCUGGUAAUCUAACAUUCAUAUUUUUUGAGUGUGUGGUUUUGAGAAAAUCAGAAAAUAUGCCAUCAUUUAUUGCACACUUGUGUGCACUGCUGUGUAUUGCAUGAGCAAUAUCUUCUGGGAGUUUGUCCAAAGGUUUACAAUUCUUGAAUUGAUGAUUUGAACAUACUUUUCUUUCAAGCCAUUUGUUCUUAAAUCAUCAAGAACCUCCCCCCAGAUAACAUCAAUUUUAAACCUUUGGUUUGCUUUAAGUUUCAUCAAGGGUGAGUCUCCUCCCACUAGUUUGAGUUGGUCAAAUGGACCUGCAAAGAUAAUGGAUAGAUUGCAAUAGAAAUUAUAUGACCAGCAACUUGUUGCCAUACGAUAAGUUCAGAUAAUAGUUCAAAGUAUCCAACUGUUUGAUGCCAGCAAAUGAUAUUAUUUCAACAAUGAGCAUGCAUGUCUAAUUUUUCCAUUUAUCAUCCUGUACUAUAGCAUUAGACCUAUUACAACUUAGAUGGAAAGCUUUAUAUGUAGUAAGUAAUGUUACUAGUAAUGACAUUCAGUGGACAAGCAAAGUCCUCAGUUUUUUAGGUUAGGAGUCUUUCAGUACAGUAUUGCUAUCUGCUGCCUUGAUAGGACAAGUGUCCCUUGUUCUUGUUGACAAGAAGAGUAUCCUCCCCCUGUCUUGAGUUGAAUGAAUAACUUUUGAUUUUUCCAGUAAGCUGCUGAUGCUACACUAGAAACAUAUGAACUGCUCUUUAUUGUUGGUGGUUGCCUUGAGAUCUUGUAUGUGGUACUUGUUGGAACUAUUACCAAUCUUCCCUUGGAGUCCCUCCUUUUCUUUCAUCAGUUAGAUGAAUGCACAGAUUUCAAGUGUCAAAACACAAGCAGCAAUAAUCCAGCUAUGCAUUUUCCCUGUCUUUGUCAACUUUAUACUAUUGGUGCCUGAUAUUUUCCAAGAUUCCACCAGUAUGUGAUGUGAAGUUGUUAACAACCUCCAUAUUAUUGUUUUCAUCAGAAUGACAACAUCCAUAUCAUCCAUUUUUCUCAUGCCAGCUGACUUUCCUGGGAUUGGAAAAAUACUGUUUUAUCUUUGACAAAAGCACUGACAACUAUUGGAUUCUUCCUUACUCCUAUUCCCACUGGAACCUUGGCAAACUUUGUUGCAGAGUGGUUUAACACCUGCUGUGUUGCUCCAGAAGAAUACUCUGAGAGUCUCCAUCUGGCAAAACACUACUAUCCUCAGACUAAGAUUAGUUGGCAUCAUCUUUUUAUGGACCACAUUUCCCAGCAUUGGAUCUCAGAUCUAGAUCUUAAGUCAGGUUCCAAUUCCCUGUGGUUUUAGGAUCAAGCCUCCUUGUUUCAAAACUUAUGAAUUUAGGUGCCUCCUUGUUUCAACACUCUCUGUGUUCAUAUAUUGCUCUGUUGGAGCAAAGCAGCAAUAAAGGUUUCCAUGGUCUCACUGAUCUCAAAAAGCAUUUCUUACACCAAGCAUCAUUAAUAAAGGAGAGAGUCAUGCUCUUUUUGGUCUCCACCCCAAACUUGUCCAACUUAAGCCACAUUUUUCCCCCCUGACUCUUAAGCUUUGUUUCUAUCCAAUGUCCACCAAUACCUUCUUCUCCUCAUACUACUCUAGAGGAGCAUUCAAGAUGGUGCUACUACUAUUUCUUCUACCAAUACAAAUCUGAUUACUCAGUACUUCUUCCCUCUAUUGCUGACUACUACCUCUGUCCAGAUAUAAUUGUACACUUUGCAGUACUCAAUUUGUCCAGUAAUAAUUGUUCAGUACUAAUUACCUUUACAACACAUAGAAUCAGUACUGUAGAUAAAAUGAGCAUGCACAUGAGGAAUAAGAUUAUUUUUCCACAUGAAAUAAAUAGUCUAAUACAUGAAACAAUUAAAUGAUGACAAUGGUACGGUGCACCUCUUUCAAACAAGAAUGACAAAUGCAAGAAAGUUCUUGACACUGAAGAGAAUUACAGCCUCAAAAAUGUGUCACUCUUGGCUUUCUAUAGAAACUGGUCCAGUCUUUUAAGUGACAAGUAGAACCCAACUCACGGUAUUUUCAUAUUGAUAAGAAAAAAUAAGCCUUUUUGAAGGCUUAUUCCUUCAUUGAUACUGGUACAACAUUACAAUGCAUAACACAUCUUGAAAGUAAUAAAUAAGAUCAACAUAAUAAAAAAGAAGCAGUCAAAACAGCCAAAUAUUGAGCUUAAUCCAAUGAAAGAGGUGCAAAGUGUACUAUUAAAUCCGGACGGGUGUAGUAGUACAAACUGUAAGAAACAACCACUGGAGAGCAUCACUCAAGAUAUGUUGUUGGUUUUUAAUACAUACUCUAAAAAGAGACAACAGUACUUCAAAUCAUUCCAGCAUACCUUAGUAGUACAUCUACUCUACCCACUCCUCCUUCUCCAGGAGUCCUAUCCCUCACAGCAACUACUAGUAUCAUAACAAGCAACCUUCUCCCACCAGCACAAAGUGAUGGCUCUACUAGCUUCCCUAAUGCCUCUGUUAGUUCACAACAUUCUUUAAUAUUUCUUUUUAUUUUUUAAAGUAGUAACAUUAACACUGUACAAUGCUCUUGUGUUUAUUGGCUUGUCUUGGGUUUUUGUCCACUUCUGCUUUGAUGGUUGUUUAGCUUGUGACAGAUCUUAUCAAGGAUUGGGAAUGGGAUUCUCUUUCAUAUGUAACACCAGUUUUAUUUUGGAAUGACCAAUCAUGGCAACGAAUCCUCAUUGGUGUAGUAGUUGCUCCAUUUGCUGGUGGCUAAAUGUUGUUGUAGAGGCUGUCAAUGUUGUUGUUGGCAUUGCUAUGCACUGUGAACAAGCUCUUCCCCAACUUCAUGGAGAGGAAGUGGCAAUAGCAUUUUUGGAUGACUCAAAACUUGUCCAUCAAGGUGUCAGCUGGUGCUGUAUCAUACCUGUCUUAGGCAUAACUAGUACAGCCAAAGGUGUCCAUAUUUGUUGUUGCUGGAAAUGGCUGACCACAAUAAUUAUUGAAUUUUGGAGUCUUGAGAGGAUUAAUGCUGUUCUCAGAAAUCUCGGAGUGACCAAUCAUUAAUAUGACUAAUUGAUGUUAGUCUUGGGAGUGCAGGGAGCAAUUUGGUUCUCUUAAAUAGUCUUGGAAUGACCAAUCACAAAUAUGAUUGAUUUUUUUAGUCUGGGGAGCAAUUUGGUUCUCUGAAAUCCAUCAUAAUGACUGUUUUUUCAAAACCAACACGAAAGUAAUUCUGACCACAGAAACAGUUACUGGAGGGACUGUCAACUUUAACACAUUUAAAAAUCUUCUGUUUUGGGGGAUGUAGUUUUGCUCACAUUAGGGGAGGGCGAUUACAAAAUUCAUUAACUUUAUGUCUGGGAUUAAUUAACUUAUUACUACUCAAGAAGUUAUUAACUUUGUAUAUCUGAGUUAAUUAACUUAAUUACUCAAGUAAUUAACUGGAGUAACUAUUUUUGAUACAUAACUAUUAGUUUCAGUUUGUACAUGUAUUGCUGUUGCUUGGUGGUAGUGUUUUGUACAAGUACUCGUACUGUACAGUUUGUAGUACAGUACAGCUGAAUAGCUACUACUACUAGUAGUAGUACAAGGAGAAAUGAGAUGGGUAAUUAACUUAAUUACUUGACUUAAAUUAACUUAAUUACUCAAGUUAAAUUAACUAAAUUACUCAAGUUAAUUACUCCCUUUGUUUCAGUUAAUUAACUUUACUCAUGUUCCCCCAAAUAUAGUGGCACUACUAAAACAAUGGCUGGUUCCUCCAUGAUCCUUCAUGCCUUCCUCUACCUUUUCACAUGCCACUAUGAAGUAGUAAUAUUUCCAAACCAAUGGUGGUGGGCAUAUAUUCACACCACAGAAGAGAGAAAUUCUACUGUUACAACAAAGUUGAUAUUUUCUGUACAAGGUAUCCAUUUGGCUCAGAUUCUCCAUGAUCAUAAGAAGAUUUGUAGUAGAGUAGCCCAUCAGUUGAUUGACUUGGCUUUUUUCACCAAAAUGGACAUAUCCUUGUUUGGUGCUUAUUUUGUUCUUGACAAAGGUUAGUAGGUAGUAGGUGAUAUCACCAAUACCCUCAAGACCAGCCCCAAAAAGUGGGCUAAUUGAUCUGAACUGCUGUGACCUUCAAAUUAGAUUCAUACUACCAAGCCAAACCAAGAUACACCCACAAAUAAAGGUAUCACAGAGUCCAAGGGUCUUGCUUGUCCUUAGUAGUAGUACCUGGUGCCCACCACCAGCACUAGCAACUUCAGCUUCUGGCACCCACCCUUUGAAGACAUACCAUUUGGAAUCAAUUGACAGCCAUUAUACCUUAAUAUUGCAGUCUUCCAGCAAAGAAUCAUGUAGAAGCAGGUUACCUCUUGGUAGUACUCAGAGAGGACUGCUUAUCCUGCUGGUUAGGGUAUUCAAAUUCAUCUUGCUUGAGAUCAGAUGAAAAAGAUAGGUCACAGUCAAGGAACUUUUUAAUGGUACCAAAGGAAAUAUCAGAAUAAGUGACACCACAGACAGCUAUUUCAAAGAGAACCAUUGCUACUAGUAUCAUUCUCCUCCUGGAAGCAGUGGUGCUAUCAUAUCUGGAGGGACUUGCCCUGCUAGUAGUAGCAAGGAGAGAAGGAUCACUACUACAUAGUAGUGAUUUGAUGUUUUUAAAUGGAACUGUUUUAUCAUAUAGGCUUGGCCAGCAGAUGUACGGUUCCAGCCUUGUAUUUGUGGCCAUCUUUUUCCUGUAAAAUAUGUCGAGCAUGCCAACUGACAUCACAAAAUCUUGUCGGAACACACCAUUUUUUCUAUGGAAUUUUUGUCAUGAUGUCUGUCGGAGUGCUGGAAAUAAAUUCUUGAUGAACAUAUUUACCUAAAAUAACAUCCGAUGCUGCACCAAUACUGAUCCUUCAUGGUGUUUGAUGAUGUUGAUAGCAGCAAGGCAAGAACUCCUUGUCAGUUGUUGGACACAGAGGAGUCCUCACAACUAUGUGCUGAAGCUACCAUAAUUCCAGUAAAAGCGCUUCUCGUUCCAACAACCGACAUCUGCUUCUUACCCCCCCCUCCACUGACACUAAUCAGCAUCCUCACUCAUAAGCAACAGUAUACCUCCAGCAACAGUCCUAUUCACAGCAGUAUUUCAACAGCAACACUAACCAGAUAUCAAUCCAAGCAAACUACAAAGGACAACGCGUCAAUGCUAUCAACGACGACAACAACAACAAUGAAUCAAUGACUCCCACCACCAGCAGUGACGCUCAGCAGCAACACUAUCAGCAGUGAUGCUCAGCAAUACUGUUAACAGCAACACUCAUCAGCAACACUAACCAGCAAGGACACCAAUGCAUCAACGCUAUCAACAAUAACAACAACCUAUCAAUGUAUUGACGUGUUAUCAACAAAUUGACUACACUAUCAGCAAAUCUAUCAGCAACGCUCAUCAGCAACACUCAUCAGCAACACUCAUCAGCACCUCUAUCAACAACGCUCAUCAGCAACACUUUCAGCAACACUUUCCUCAGCAACACCAAUGCCACUUGACAACAUAAUCAACCGACAUUUGUCAAGAACAACAAUAACACAACAACCAGCCAUCUCCUUUGAGUCCCAAGCAUCUGCCUUUGAAGCAGCGUUUGAGAUAGAAUCUGAUGUUGAAACUUUGUUUGAGGAUGAUGAAAGCUCAAGUGAUGAGGAGGAGGUUGUUGAUGAAACUGAGCCUAAUUAUGAUUCUGAUGCUUCAGGAAUGAGUCACAAGGAGGCUGCACAAGCUGAGUUUUUCAAUGUUAUCAGUCAGAGCCAAACAGAUUGGAAUUGGGAAAAUGCAGUUGAGCCUAAUGAUACUGAGUUCUUCUAUUGGAAAGAUGGAACUAUUGUUGAUAACAGUCUUAACUUCCCAAAGGUCCCAGUGAAUAAUCAGUAACCCUCAAUGACUCCACAUAUGGCUAGAAUCCUGUCUUUAUUUGGAGCAUGUUGCUGUGCUUAUCUGUUGCCGAGGGCCAGUUGGUGAUCAGGCCAAACUGUCAGUUUGUCAAGAUUGAAAGUGUUACUAAGGUUAAAAAACACUGUGCUUCAAUUUUGGGCUAUCUUUAUACUGUGUACUAAUGACUUGCGAGAUUAAACAAUUCAAGCUGAAAAUUUGGUCACAAGCACGUGUGCAUAAAACUUAGCACUCACUUAACUCUUGCAAUACAAAAAUUCAACAGGGCAUGUGCAUUGUGUACAUAUUUUGUUUUUUAGUUGAACUAGUCAUUACAAACAAAAAUAAGGGCCCAAAAUGUAUGACCAGUGCUUAGAUUUGGAUGCCCAUUCUAUGCAAUACUGUUCAACACACCUGUUUUAAGAAGCAAUACUAGUAGUAGCAGUACUACUAGUAGUAGCAACUACUAGCUAGUAUUUUCCCUUCUAGUACUGUUAUAAAAUAAUACUGUAAUGAUAGAAAUUCAAUUUUUCACCAUUAUCCUAUUAUGUUUAUUUUGACAAAUGAUUCAGAAGGCUUUGAAUGAAGUUUUGUCUACUAGUAGCUAAAGAACUACUUGUGAUAGGAGUAUGGAGUGGAACAUCUGCUGAUUACCAGUCCCCUUUGGUUGUUCAUGUACAAGAAUGGACUGCUGGAUGCAGGAGGAUAAGUAAAACUUUGACAAAGUUCACUACCCAGGAUGCAAUGCAGACUACUGGAUAUAAUAAGAGCAAAAAGAGGAGAGUAGUGCAACAAAACACCUACUAGAGUUAAUCAACCAAAGGCAACAACUGAAAGGAGACUCCUGGUACCAGCAGCAGUAUUACUCCUAGUGGUACUACUACUAGUAGUAGUAGAAAAGAGGAGGAGAAGAACAUUUUGGGCACAAAAAUGAAAAAUCCAAUGAAGAGGCUGAUUACAAAUUUUCAGCUCUCUUGGAUCUGUUUGUGUGACACAGGCAAGGAAAAAAGCAACCCUUAAUCUGACUAGUACCAGUACACCAGCAAAACACACUAGUCGUAGUAGUACUGCUAGUACUUGUCAUAAAGGGGAGUACUACUAGUACUGUGACGUAGUAGUAGUACUACUAGUAGUAGCUUGUACUCCCUUCCCUACUUUUAGGCAAAUUUACUAGAAGCAAAUUACUUCUCAGCCACAGCAGUUGGGAGAUUUUCCAUUUUUGAUGAACUAGAAGUUGUCACUGUUUUCAAGUUGUAUGGUUUUACUACUAAUGCUCUUGUUCAGUAAAAUGAAAAAUGGAGCAACACACUGAAGAAUGAAGAGAAAUGGACUCCAUUGUACUACAGAGUUUUACAAAAAUGACAGUGAAGGGAUUCGAACCCUCGCCAAUUAAGACACGUACCUGAAACGUGCGCCUUAGACCACUCGGCCACACUGUCAUAUGCUGUUGACAACACGUCCGAUUCAUUAUUUUUAUACUCUCUUUUGACGACAAAAGUUUUAGUAAUCGAUCAAUCAGUCAGUCAAUCAAUCAAUCAAUCAAAACAUGGCUGUACAGUAAACCUGGUACGUACCGUGGAUCGAAAUCAUUGUAUAUUGUCACUUGACAUAACAUUCCUCCGAUCAACAAAGAGCAGACAUCCGACAGCAUGUACAACGGCAAGCGCUGCCACUCCCACAGAAAUAACGGACAAAAAGAAGUUUCAAUAUGAUCUUGAAGAAUCUGUUUUCCACAAAGAACGGGAAUCAAAUGAAGCGCUGGUUGAGGUUUCAUCAAGCGAUGAACAAGAAAAGAUGGUUUGAACCAGACCGGGAGAAAAACGGACCGAUAACUCUGUUCGACUUUUCAACGGAAUUAGAUGCUGUUGACGCUGCGCUGGUAGAACAAAACAGCAACAAUAGGUCUGUUUGGAGGACAACCGAUGACUCAAUCAUUGGAGGGUAUUCGAGUGCGAAAAUGCAACUCGUACGGACUAGUGAGGACUUGAAGCGAAUUAUAAAUGGUCAAGAGUCGAUACCGCCGCACUUGUGGGAUCAAAAUCGAACCACAGAUCAAAAGAGUAACGAAAUCAAAAACGAUUCAAUAGAUGGCAUUCAACACGAUAAUGGAGAAAGAGGCGAUGGACGUGAACAUUGUGAUACCGAGAACGAUUUUCUUCCAUUUGUCAGGUGGAAGGGAACGAUUGACACGCGGGUAAACAAGGAGAAAAAAGUACACAGGUCGGGUUUCUGUUCCAUUCUAUCCCCCGAAUUUCCAAUGGCAGGAGUUGAUCUGGAUGGGAGAUACAAUGGCCUCGAAAUCAUGUGUCGGUCCGACGGACGUCCUUAUUCCCUGAACUUAAAGGUAGAAUCUUUUAUUGAAGACGAUUUGUUUCAGUGCUUCAUAAACAUUCCUCCGACGAACACACCUGGAUCCAAAGUUUGCCAAGCAACAGGAGGGAAGUUUGACCAAGUUGUCUUCCUUUUUCAGCAUUUUGCUGCUACGGCUGGUGGGAGAUUACGAGCGAGGCAAAGGAAGCUUGACAACGCUGUUAAGAUUCAAUCAAUUGGAAUCACUCUCAUGGAUGGUGUCGAUGGUGACUUUGAAUUUGAUUUGUCUCGUAUACGGGCAGUCAAUUACGACGAAAAUGGUGUGAUUGGAGAGGCAGACUAGGAGAUCACUUUUCAGAAUAUUUUGCCAUAGGAUAUAGAAUAAAAUCCCACGUGAAAACGGCGAUUCAGAACAAUUUGAAACGGAACCACCUAUCCGCAGCGCACAAUUUAACA